UUUAUGAGUUUUUUACCCUUGCAUUCACGUCAUCGCAAAAUGUAACCAAAAUGAUCAGAAAGACAAAAUGUGCACCAUUCUUACAUAGUCAAAAGAAGAAACAUGGACUGCAAAAAUUAUUUGCGUUUUCUUUGUCUCGUUGUCGUGGUUCAUUAUUCUAUGGGCCGUGUGCUAAGCAAUGGAGAUUGCAUAUACUCUGUGAAUGAAACAUCAACAGAUGAUGCGCCUUUUAAUAAAUCAACUCAGAUUUGUUGUACAAAAUCAGGAGUUCACGAUAAAUAUUAUAAAGGACACGAAGUGGGAUGUUGUGGGGAUACAACAUACAUACCAGAGAUAGAUCUCUGCUGUGAUGGAAAAGUUUACAACAGACCUGGCACUGAACGGAUAGGCAAUGGAAAUUAUUCUCGUUAUACGAACA